UUACUUACAGAUCCACCUGUGCCCCGUCGACGAUGGGAGACAGACAUCAAGCUGUCGCUUCCCUAGUUAUCGCCGCCGAAACUUCCAAAGCUGCUCUACUUGCGUUGAGCACGCCUGGCGUUCUUCCCCCCAAUGAUCAACACCCAUCUCUUGAAGUGUUGCACAAGGAUCUUGCGUCGCUGUUAUCUCUCGUCUACUCCGAUUCUACAAAGCUAUCCAUCGCGCUCAAACCAUCCAAGCCGACCUACUCGGCCUCUGUUGCAGUACUGAAGGAACUGUCUACGCAUAUCCUCGCUUUAUCGGCCAAUGUCAAUCUAUUCGACGAGAUAAAGCAUGGCGCGACUCUGAAAGCAGAAGCUACGCACGUCGUGCGCGACGUGAUCGAAGCCGUUAACGGGCUUCUGCAAACAUUCUUGGAUUUGAACGCCGACGGACGACCGGCUACGUCUGGUUCGGGCGCGGCUGGCGAAGAAUAUCUAGUCAAAACCGGCACGAUACAUGAUCUGGUGGAGCGGGCUCGGGGUCCGAACGGGAUAUCGAAGGAUAACCGGAGCGCAGUUCGGAAGCGAUGGGCGGAAGAUCGGAGCACGCUGGAAGACGCGUUGAAGGAGGUGACGGAGGCGAUAGAGGAUGCUGAGCAGGAAGAUUCUGAAGAUGGGGGCGAGAAAGACGAGUGGGAGGAAGAGAACGAUGCUGAGUGGGCGGAGUGGGGCAUCAGUGCUACGAAGAUGACCAAGGAUGAAUUGGAGCAGGCCAAGGCUAUACAUCCCCUCCUACGGGUGACGACGCUUCUGCACAAACGAAUACUACUCGACCUUCUUGCACCCGCAGCACCUGCGUUAUCCUCUGGGGGUCCUACCCUCGACACCCUCUUGUCUCACUCUACAUCCCUCCAGUCCGCAUUUGAUAAUCUGGUCGCGGUGACUCUCUACCCUUCGGAAAGGAAAAAUGGCGUGCUCCCAGCGAUCGAUGCAUUCGGAGCCGUGUUGAACAACCUCAAUACGACCAUUGAUCUUUUGCUGCCGGAGCAGAACUUGGAAGGGAAAAUGGCUGCACUUGAAGUUGCAGACGGCGCCGUCGGAAAGCAGGGCUGCAAACAAAACAGGGAUAUGAGGAAAUGGUUCGACAUGUGCUUCCAGCAAGUACAUAAACUUGCAGAUAAUGCACGAGCGAGGGCCAGCAAUACACAACCUUCAUGAUUACGCUGCGCUACCUUUUCUGGUCCUGACUACAUGCAAGGAUGCCCACGUCCAACCCUUGAUACAUAACCCAGGUGAUUUCAGAUUCCUAGAUGAAUGUAGGGCGCCCAGCGACUCGGAUCCGGGUGUGCAUGGCGGAGCUUCUGUACCCCCUCGUCGAGCGCGUACGCAACAUCGUCAGGAUGGAUAUACUCCGCGUCGCUUCCAAAUAUGCCUCCGUACACGGACUUGGCGAUGAGUGGUCCAUCUACGUCCUCCAUCGACCUGCGUAGGAACUAG